GGCAUAGUAGGCAUUCAAAACCACGGCAACACCUGCUUCAUGAAUGCUGUGAUACAAUGCUUGAGCAACACAGAACCACUGUUGAGUUACUUCCUCUGUGAGCAGUACAAGGAGGACAUCAAAAGAGCCAAUAAGUAUAAUGCUAAGAGGUUUGGUACCAAGGGAGAACUCACUGAAAGCUUGGCCGUCCUACUCAAAAGUUUAUGGAUGAAUCAGUUAGUGUACACAGCGGACAAGUCAACUGAUUUCAAGGCAAUUGUCUCCAAAUAUGGCAGUCAGUACAGAGGAAACUUCCAACAUGAUGUUCAAGAGUUCCUCAUCUGGCUCCUCGAUAAGGUUCAUGAAGAUUUGAACAUUGCCACCAAGAAGAAAUACAGGGCCAACAAGCAACAAUACAUAUCAAUAUACAAAAACACACACACAACCAAACAGAGUAGCAUCGGUCGAUGUGACGACGACGUAGCAGCAGAAGCAAUGGCCAACCAUUCGAGAUGCAACAACAGUUUCAUCCACGACCUCUUCCAAGCCAUGUAUCGAUCCUCCCUGACCUGCCCUAGUUGCAGUCAGCAGAGCAACACUUUUGAUCCUUUCCUCUCUGUCUCGUUGCCCAUUCCUCGC